AUGGUAGUGUGCACACCUCCACCACUUUUUAAACAUACGGAUAUUAUAGACAACUCUACUUUUAAAGCAAAGGAGAUUGAGAAAUUAAAUGUCGAAGUCCAAUCCCUUAAGCAAAAGAGAAACGCUGCCGAACAAGAGGAAGAAGGAGAGGUAGCUGGUGAGGCGUAUGUUCCACAACCAUACGCUCGUGAGGAUGAGGGACAACCACAAACUUAUGCUGAGGAGUUUAUUUCUCUCAACGACGAAGGUCUCCUGUACAAUUUCGAUGACCAUGCGGCCCUUAAUCGACAAGUACAUCUCUGCUCUGACAACAUCGACAAUAUUGUGGCCCGAGCGUAUUUGUACGAGCAUGUUGGUAAAAUCACUAUUCACUGCACGAACUACGAUGAUUCACAUGCCCGGAUUCUGGUUUCGGAAAUGCUGCAAGAGGACGCUGAAAUCCCGAUCCCAAUUGAAGGGUGCAGAUAUGUUAGGGACGUAUCACAGAUGUUCCUUCCUUGGCCUAAACACUUAAUUCUAACAUCCGAGGGUCCACUCGCUCAACCGCAUUCAAGACGUGAUGCAUCGAAGGGAAAAUCUCUGAUGCUUUCUCCACAAGGCGAUGGUGCACGGUAAGAUGAAUUGUUCUUGGAAAAGAAGAUGAACUUGAUCCCUAAAUUGCUAAAAUGGAUGGUUGUUGAAUUCCUGAACCUCAAAGAUAAACGUGAUAUAAUCACAAUUCCUGUACCCCGAGGAUUCAUAGCACCGCGUACCCAGAUCACGUUAUCUUGAGAGGAUUUGCAGCAGGUUGCUACGUGUGACUUCAUCGGCAACCAGUGAAUGAUGUUUGGAAUGAUGUAUACUCUUCUUUAAUCUAAUUAACCUUAUAUAUCAAAUUCUAGUCAAAUUAUUAUAACACACUAAUACUUAACAAUUUUUUUUUGGCAGGCACAUCUGGGAGAGCACCAACGGUAUGAGAAAAUUUUUUAAGUUUUACGACCCAGAGCUUCUCGUAGUGCAUGGGAAAACCGAUGAAGAGAAGAGUCAGUCUUUUGACGAUGCGGGAAGACGAUUGGCUGAUUGGUUAUCAUUGAUGAAUAACAACCACCAAAUGUUCUUUAUUCCUUGGAAUAUCGGGUAAACUCUAUUUAAUUCUUUAGUGCUAAUUGUUCAUUUCUAUAUUAUGACUUCAAAUUAUUUUUAUACUAUCUUACUUAUAUUCCAAAAUAAUUUUGUAGUGCGUAUUGGACGCUAGAGGUGGUUACGCCAAAGAAGAUUAUCCAUUUAGACCCUAUACGUGGUCGCCUAAUUCCCGAAGAAAUUACUCAAAUGAUCGGAAGGUAAUAAUUUAAUGACUUCUUAUGUAACAAAUUUAAAUUAACUAAUGAAUUGAAAUGCUAAUAUAAUUUUUCAAAACAGUGUAUUCAGAUAUAUAGGGGACGCACAUGAGUAUCUUGGCCCGUGGCAAGGAAUUUCACUAGCAAAUUGUCCAAGACAACCUAAAAGCCAAGAAUAUGGUUUUUAUGUUUUGAAAUACAUGACUGACAUCGUCGCACGUGCAAACCCCAACCGUUACAUACAAGAUCAAA